CACUCAUUGAAUAGCGUGUGUUCACAUUGCCGCUUGUUCUAGUAAUGUAACGCAUCCGUACAAGAGGAGAAGCAAAUAACAUAUGUGUUGUCAUACGUCCAUACUUAACGCCAUGACGGAUGCGGUGUUCCAGGCACCCAAACGGCGGCCCAGAGUGUUUGAGGCGUACGACGCCCCGUUUCCUGUCCCUCUUGCUGCGGUGGGUGCGAGGCUGCAGCAGACCCUAAUCUACAGAGCAGAUAUGGUCAACCAGCAUGUCGUUGUCAGGGACCCUGAACACAUACAAGCUCUCUACAGCAAGGGUUACUUUGGUAAAGGCAUCUUAUCAAGAAGCAGACCAGACCACAGUAUCUCACACCAAUGGGAAAAGUUUGGUGAGAGAGUUCUACCUGUCAUUUCCCUGUUCAAGUACCAGAAGCAUUUGAGCUGGGCACGGGACGUACUCCUAGCUCAAGGAUUGGAAGAGGAGGUUGUCAAUCAGAUACUGCAGAGACUUUGUCAGCCAAUGGAGCCAGGGCUCAGAGAGGAAAAUGGGAAUGAUGACUGCCCAGCCAGCCCUCACAGGAGUGAGGAAACAGGGGCAGGGGCAGGUAACCCCCAAGACAUGGCCUCAGAGCAGGCAGGGACAGUGGUACAGCAGGGCCAGGCAUCAGCCUCCUGGAGCCCAGAGGAUCAGGGGGAGCAGGACAGUCAGUGUCCCCAGGCUAAGAGGCCUAGGAGUCAAGUAGACGGAGGGUUCGACCCACUGUCUGAGCUGUACCCCCAGGAGCCACAGCAGAUAGACCCAGCGGCCCUGUCUACGGUCCGGUGCCCCAGGCAUGAUGACUGGCUGGUUGACUGUGGCUGUCGCCUGGAGGACAGCGUGCUGGAGACCCUCACCCUGCAGAGAGACAGACAGACAGAGGCAGACCGACAGGGGGCAGACCGUGGGUAUGAGUAUGUACUGGUGAUGGAAGAGGAGAAUAGUGUUGUCAAGCAGGGCAGAGCAGGGCCAGGGAUGACAGCGAGGAGAGUGUGUAGAGUCAACCCCUUCAGACUGCUAGAGUACCUUCAACUGACUCUGGAGGAGGCUUUCUUCUUGGUCUAUGCAUUAGGAUGCCUUUCAGUUUACUACAAUGAGGAGCCAUUGUCGGUGCUCCAGCUGUGGGAGAUGUUCCGGUCGGUUCAGCCCCACUUUGAGACGUCAUACAUGGCCUACCAUUACUUCCGCAGCAGGGGGUGGGUGCCCAAGCCUGGGGUGAAGUACGGGACUGACCUCAUGCUUUACCGAAAAGGACCACCUUUCUACCAUGCAAGUUACUCUGUGGUGGUGGAAAAGGUAGACCAGCCGGGUAGGGGAGGGGCUCUCCGUCCGUUCAGCUGGAGGUCUCUGGCUGCUCUCAGCAGGAUUACCGGCAACGUUUCCAAGGACUUGAUGCUGUGCUACGUCAUCUACCCAUCUCACCUGACAGAGGAACAUCUCUCCUCUCCAGACUGUCUCUGCAUGGUCACAGUUCAGGAGAUUAUUUUAAGCAGAUGGAUAUCAUCACGAGAGCGGACAGAGACGGACGACAUAUGACUUAUUUUUUUUUGUCUGCUGUGUAAAUAUACAGCUACUUCAGAAAGUAUUCACACCCUUUGACUUUUUCCACAUUUUGUUGUUGCAGCCUGAACCUAAAAUGGAUAACAUUUCGAUGUUGUGUCCCUGGCCUUCACACAAUGCCCCAUAAUGUCAAAGUUAUAUUAUGUAUUUAGAAAUGUGUAUAUAUAUUUUUAUAAAAAUGUAAACUGAAAUGUCUUGAGUCGGUAAGUAUUUAACCCCUUUGUUAUGGCAAUCCUAAAUCGUUUCAGAAGUACACAUUUUGCUUAACAAGUCACAUAAGUUGCAUGGACUCACUCUGUGUGCAAUCAAAGUGUUUAACAUGAUUUUUGAAUGACUACGUCAUCUCUGUACCACACACAAAAUUAUCUGUAAGGUCCCUCAGUCGAGCAGUGAAUUUCAAACACAGGUUCAACCACAAAGACCAGGGAGGUUUUUCAAUGCCUCGCAAAGAAGGGCGCUUAUUGGUAGAUGUGUAAUAAAAAAUAAAAUAAAAAACAGACAUUGAAUAUCCCUUUGAGCAUGGUGAAGUUAUUAAUUACACUUUGGAUGGUGUAUAAAUACACCCAGUCACUACAAAGAUACAGGCGUCCUUCCUAAGUCAGUUGCCGGAGAAGAAAGAAACCGCUCAGGGAUUUCACCAUGAGGCCAAUGGGGACUUUAAAACUGUUUAAUGGCUGUUUGGGGCAAGUCCAACACAACACAUCACUGAGUACUACUCUUCAUAUGUUCAAGCAUGGUAAUGGCUGCAUCAUGUUAUGGGUAUGCUUGCCAUCGGCAAGGACCAGGAAGUUUUCUAAGGAAAAAAUAAACAAUAGAGCUAAGUACAGGAAACAUCCUAGAGGAAAACCUGGGUCAGUCUGCUUUCUAACAGAUACUGAGAGACAAAUUCACCUUUCAGCAGGACAAUAACCUAAGAAGGACAAAUAUACACGAGUUGCUUACCAAGACGACAUUGGAUGUUCUUGAGUGGCCUAGUUACAGUUUUGACUUAAAUCGGCUUGACAAUCUAUGGCAAUGAUCAACACCAAACUUGACACAGCUUGAAGAAUUUUAAGAAGAAUAUUGUGCAAAUAUCGUAACUAUCCAGGUGUGCAAAGCUCUUAGACUUACCCAGAAAGACUCGCAGCUGUAAUUGCUGCCAAUGGUGAUUCUAAAGUAUUGACUCAGGGAGCUGAAUACUUAUGUAAAUGAGAUUUCAGAAAUUCAUUUUCAAUAAAUUGGCAAAAAUGUCUAAACAUGUUUUCACUUUGUCACUAUGGGGUAUUGUGUGUAGAUGGAUGAGAAAAUAAUUAUUGAAUUCAGGCGAACACAAUAACAAAUGGAAUAAAUCGAGGGGUAUGAAUACUUUCUGAAGGCAUUCCUUCCAUUUCAAUGAUUGGUUUACAGUGGAAUUUAGUGUUACUUAACAUGUGAAAGUAUCAAUAAAUAUUUGUUUUUGAACAUGCUUUUUAACAAAA